AUGCGAUCAUUGCAUUUAAAAUCGGGACAUUGCCCGUGCUUCCCCUCCUUCCCCCCCCCCUGUUUCUCCUCCCUUCCCUCCUACCUCCCACCCCCCCUCCUCCCCCCCCCUCCCCCUGUAUCCCCUCCUUUCCCCCCCUACUUUCCCCCCCUACUUUCCCUCCAUUCCGCCCUUGCUUCCCCUCCUUUCCCUCCAAACCCCCCACUGUAUCCCCUCCUUUUCCCCCCUGCUGUUCCUCCUUUCUGCCUCUGCUUCCCCUCCUUUCCCCACCUUGCUUCCCCUCCUUUCCCCCCCGUGCUUCCCCUUCUUUCCCCCACUGCUUCCCCUCCUUUCCCCCACUGCUUCGCCUCCUUUCCUCCCCUGUAUACCCUCCUGUCCCCCCCUGCAUCCCCUCCUUUCCGCCGCUGCUUCCCCUCCUUUCCCUCCUACCCCCCCCCUGUAUCCCCUCCUUUCACCCCCUGCAUCCCGUCCUUUCUGCCCCUGCUUCCCCUCCUUUCCCCCCCUGCUUUCCCUCCAUUACACCCCUGCUUCCCCUCCCUUCCCUCCAAACCCCCCACUGUAUCCCCUCCUUCCCCCCCCUGCAUCCCCUCCUUUUCUUCCCUGCUGUUCCUCCUUUCCGCCCCUUGCUUCCCCUCCUGUCCCCCCUACACUAGCGUAUGCGCUGCCAGUAGUGCAGGCACUGGCAGGGCGUGUGCUGCGGUGAGUCAGAGCGGUGGUGGUGUUGCCCACUCGAGACCAUCUCUCACCUACCUCGACUCACUUUCCCAGCUGAUGUUUAACCAUCAACUUGUCUUUUUGCCCAACACACAAUCCCGCUCUUCCUCUCUCCCCCUCCUCGCCCCCAACCGUGCCAUUCUGCCUACUCCAGCAGGUGAAACACGUGUUUGA